AUGGAAAACCAAUCCAGCAUCUCUGAGUUUUUCCUCCAAGGAAUAUCCAAGUUACCAGAGCAAAAGCAGUUCCUCUUUGGAAUUUUCCUGUGUAUGUAUCUUGUCACUUUAACUGGGAACAUGCUCAUCUUCCUGGCCAUCAGAUCAGACCCACACCCCCACACCUCCACGUACUUCUUUCUGACCAACCUGUCUUUUGUCGACAUAGGUUUAACAUCUUUCACAGUUACCAAGAUGCUGGUAAAUGUGCAGACUCAACGUCACACCAUUUCCUAUGCUGGUUGCCUCACACAAAUGUAUUUGAUGUUUGGCGAUCUGGAGAGCUUCUUCCUGGCUGUAAUGGUGUAUGACCAUUAUGUGGCCAUUUGCCGCCCUCUCCACUACUCCACAGUCAUGAGCCCCCAAGUCUGUGCCCUGCUGCUUGCAUUGUGCUGGGUCCUCACCCACACUGUUGCCCUGACUCACGUUGCCCUCCUCAUAGCUUGGCUGUCCUUCUCUGUUGCUGGGGAAAUAGCUCACUUUUUCUGUGACAUAACUCCUAUCCUGAAGCUGUCAUGUUCCGACACUCACAUCAGCAUGUUGAUGGUUUUUGCCAUAGGAGGCACAGUACUCAUUGUCCCCUUUAUCUGCAUUGUCAUCUCCUACAUCCACAUUAUAUUGGCCUUCCUAAGGGUCCAAACUCCUGGUGCAGAAAGCAAGGCCUUUUCCACCUGUAGUUCCCAUCUCUGUGUCAUCUGUGUGUUCUAUGGGACACUCUUCAGUGCCUACUUGUGCCCUGCCUCUGUUGCCUCUGAAGAGAAGGACAUGGCAGCAGCUGCAGUGUACACUGUGGUGACCCCCAUGUUGAGCCCCUUUAUCUAUAGACUGAGGAAAAAGGACAUGAAGGGUGCCCUUAAGAGGCUCCUCAGUCACAGGAGAAUUUUAUCCUCUUAG